UAACCGUCAAUAAACACCAAAGAAGGAGAAGGUUAUAGAAAUUCGCCCGGAAGUGAAAGAAUAUUGACGAUUGUUGCUGACGCAACGGAGCAGCCCAAGUGGACAUUACUGAGAACAAGUCGUGUGAAAAAAGGAGCCGCCUUGGCAUUUGAAAUUGCCGUGGCCCGUCAAAGGAAAACAUAUCUCCAUUGGAAUUGCUACCAAGCUAGUGAAGUAUCCGGGCUGCUUGACACUAGCAAAGAGGAACGAGCAGGAACUCGGAAAUACGUCUGCUCACCGAAAGGAAGUCUACUGACAUUCUUGUCUUUCUCGGAAUUGUAACCUCUACUUACAAGUUGGUUGAGCGAGACAAUCGGAGGAUUUUAUUUUUAUUUUGGAUGUACACGAAAUAUAGCUACAUUUGUCAACAUCUGGGCUUUGUGAAACAGGCAAUCGACACGGAGUAUUGUCCACCAGCGUAUCCAAUCAUAAUCCAGCCCUCAUAGCCGGAUAUCAAAUACCUUACGUAUUUCUGCUCAGACUAAACUCAAAACCAUAAUUACAGCGUGAUUGUAUCAUUUCUUCACAAUCCGGAUGUUUGUGUGAUAAGCACUUCUGUUUUUGAAGUGAUAUAUUAACAGCUCCAGGAUGCCAGAUGGAUUUUGACAUAUAGAUCAGGAAAAAAAGAUGUAGGCUUUAUGACAAGCAUCUACAUGACUGAUACUGCAAGUGAUCUACAUGACUGCAAGUGAUAAAUUCAAUAUUGAUAUUGAUUCGUCUUCCUACCACUUCCACCUAACUGCUGAUGCAGUGUAUUGUGUCUCCUGUCCAGAAGAUCUUGACAACUGAUGUGGCAUUGAGUGCCAGGUCUUGGGUUUGGAUUCCACUCUAAAAGCUGUAAAAGACAUACCUAUGCUCAAUUUACAAAAUGGGGAAAAUGUUAUCAAAGAUCUUUGGCAACAAGGAGAUGAGAAUACUGAUGCUUGGACUUGAUGCUGCUGGAAAAACCACCAUCCUUUAUAAACUGAAAUUAGGACAGUCUGUUACCACAAUUCCGACUGUCGGUUUCAAUGUUGAGACAGUCACUUAUAAAAAUGUGAAGUUCAAUGUGUGGGAUGUAGGGGGGCAGGAUAAGAUCCGUCCCCUGUGGCGUCACUACUACACUGGCACUCAAGGCUUGAUCUUCGUUGUGGAUUGUGCUGACAGGGAUAGGAUUGACGAGGCCAGGCAAGAACUUCACCGCAUCAUUAACGAUCGAGAAAUGCGUGAUGCCAUUAUCCUCAUCUUUGCCAAUAAACAAGACCUUCCGGAUGCUAUGAAGCCUCAUGAAAUCCAGGAAAAGCUGGGUCUCACACGCAUCCGGGAUAGAAAUUGGUAUGUGCAACCAGCAUGUGCCACAACAGGCGAUGGACUCUACGAGGGGCUGACAUGGCUAACGUCAAAUUAUAAAUCUUGACUGAAUUAGACAAAUGGGAAUGAUUAUCAUAACAUGACUUAUCAUACAAAUAUUAUGUGAAAAUGAAUAUGAGAAGAUCAUGUGUCAUUUUGUAUUGUAACAAUAACUAGGCCUAAUAAUGUCCAGGACACUGGAUGGAUCCCGUUGGUCUUGAACUCAUCUGCUUGAUAGUACACUGAUUGUCAUGAUUACUGUGGCAUGACCAAUACCAUUCGUUUAUUGUGUGAUUUUUUCGUCCUGUGGUUCUUGAUAUGGUUGAACAGCCCAAGUAAUCUGUCUGUGGACAAACUUGGGUGAAGUGGUUUAAGGGUUGUGGGAGACAAACAAUCAUAAAUGAUAUUGGUCUCAGAAACUAGAAAGAUGUUUGUAACUCAUUGAUAUGUAUUGCUUCACAAAUCUUAACAAAUACAGCAUUGUCUCCUUUU